AUGGCCACCGCCGACUUGGUCCUUUCUCUCCUCGUCCUCCUCCUCCUCCUCUUCUCCAGCUUACCUUCGAGCAUCGUUGCAAAGGAUGACCCGCUGCACGUAACCGUCAGCGUCCAGGCCGAUUACGUCGUCGCCAGAACAGAUGGCAACUUCAUCUGCGCCACCGUCGACUGGUGGCCGCCCGAGAAGUGUGACUUCGGCGAUUGCUCCUGGGGAAAUACCUCCAUCAAAAAUUUGGAUCUGAGCAACAAAAUCCUUCGUAAUGCAAUCACGGCCUUUGGUACGAUGAGAGUUCGACUCGGAGGGACGUUGCAGGACCAAGUGAAGUACACGAGCAAACCAUGCCACGAAUUCAAAGCUGCCGACGGCGACUCCAAUUACGAGUUCGUAGAUGGCUGCAUCAGCUUGAACAGAUGGGACAAGAUCCAUGAGUUCUUCAACACUACUGGGGCCUUCAUAACCUUCGGAAUCAAUGCCCUUCAUGGGAGGGUUAAAGGGCAUGAUGGUGUGUAUACAGGUCCAUGGGACCCCGAGAAUGCUCGUUUCUUCAUCCGACACAUCGUCCAGAACAAACAAUACGUCGAUUCAUGGGAGUUUGGCAACGAGCUGUGCGGAAAUGGCGGCAAAUCCAACUUCCUCGUGGACGGCAACCAGUACGGGUUGGACCUGAUCGCCUUCAAGGCGAUGCUCAUCGAUGAGUACGCUAAAUUCGGAGGUCCACCGAAGGUCGCGGCGCCGGGUGGGUUCUACGUCGAGGACUGGUACAAGAACAUGCUGUCCACCUCGGGCUACGGCGUCGUCGACAUCGUCACGCAUCACGUCUACAACCUCGGCUCAGGUGGUGAUGGGAACCUAGUCGACAAGGUCACCGAUCCCAAAGUGCUGGACAAUAUUGUCCGUACGUACAACGAGGUCGUGGGUACCAUCAAGAGCGCCGGCCCUUGGAGCUCUGCCUGGGUGGGAGAAUCCGGUGGCGCUCACAGUAGCGGCGGCAAGGGGCUGUCGAACACCUUUGCGAAUAGUUUCUGGUACUUGGAUCAGCUUGGGAUGGUGUCCAGGCAUCAUCACAAGGUCUUCUGCCGGCAAACCUUGAUCGGAGGCAACUACGGCCUCCUCGACCACGACACCUUCGUGCCAAACCCCGACUACUACAGCGCUCUGUUGUGGCAUCGAUUGAUGGGGACUGGCGUUCUGGAAGCGUCGCAUGAUGGCCACGCACACCUUCGAUCCUACGCACAUUGCUCCAAGAACACACCUGGUGGUGUUACCUUACUGCUGAUCAACCUCUCGGACUCGAUCACGUUCGAGAUUGAGAUUAAUGGCGGCACCAAAUCGUACGAACGUGAGAUCAGGUCUCGUCCGUUGGCCAAAGACGACAAGGAUCAAAGCAAGAGGGAGACGUUCCAUCUCACACCCAAAGAUGGCGAUAUCCAGAGCACUGUGAUGCUUCUCAAUGGAAAGGAACUGAUGCUCGACGGCAAGAACAGCAUUCCUGCUUUGGAUCCCAUGGUCGUCGAAGCUUCUGAUCCUCUUCGCAUUGCUCCUCGCUCGAUUGCCUUCGUCAAGCUCAAGGACUUCAAUGCCGCUGCUUGCAGAUAG